AUGGCUGUGAAUUCAUUUUUGACAGAUGGAGAAUGUUCGGCCACACAGAGCAGCUCUGCUGAAGUUCUCACAGCAGAAACAGAUGUCGUCCGCUCCAGUGACGGGAAUCCUCUGGACAAUGAAGAUGAUGAAGAUGGUCUGCUGGAUUGGUGGAGAACAGUGGAAGGUUGGGGCGAAUGGAACGAGUCAAAACAGUUUAAUGAGGAAGAUGGGGAACGAGCGAUCGAAGCAGCUGCUAACCGGGUGUUCAUGGCUGCCAAGUUAUUCGUCCACCUGCUGAACCAGCGGGAGGCGUCGCUGCAGCAGCGGAUCCAUGAGCUCCUGGCUUUAGCGGACGCAGCGGACAGUUUCCACAAGAAGACGGUGACCGCUAGCGUUGGCGGAGGCGUGGCCAGUGUAGCCGGCAGCAUCACCACCAUCACCGGCCUGGUUAUGGCACCCUUCACCUUUGGGACGUCCCUCAUCGUGACAGCGGUGGGCAUCGGUGUGGCGACCGCCGGCGGCGUGACGUCAGCGUCGGCCAACAUCACAGACACGGUUCACUCCAACACGGACCGGAAGAAGGUGGAGAAGAUGAUCCAAGAUUAUCAGCACGAAAUUCAAGAUAUUAAAGAAUGCCUGGACUUUCUGCAGGCCGGGAUGGCGACUCUGGAGGAGUGGAACUUCGAGCAGUACGUGGACAGCAUCUCCAGAAAGGCUCUUAACCAGAACGUCAAGCACGUGUUGAAGGAGGGCGGCCGGGCUGGGAAAGCGCUGCUUGUCAACACGGAGAACCUCAUCAACACCGUGCAGGUGCUCAGCGUGGCAGGAGGAGCGGCCAAAGCCGCACAGGUCAUCAGCGUCACCUCUGGCGUCAUGUCGGGCCUCUUCCUCGCUCUCGACGUCUUCUUCCUGGCCAAGGGAUCGCUGGAGCUGCGUAAGGGCGCCAAGACAGAGUUCGCAGCCAAGAUCAGAGAGGUUUGCAAGGAGCUCCAGGAUGGACUGCAGGAGCUGAAGAGAAUCCAACAGCAGCUGCAGAAAACCCUGGAUGGGGUUGAGUUGGAGGAGGAGGAGGAGGAGGAGGAGGAGGAUGAAGAUGAUGUAGAGGAAGAGGUAGAAAGUGAGAACUGACAAAAGAGUCCACCUAGAGGAAUAAGCAUAGAUGAUUAUCUUGAGCAAUAAUAAGUACAAAUAAAAAAAUAUAUUAAUAAUAAUUUAAUUAAUAAUUUCUAUUACAUUAGAUUGUAAGUUUCUUUGGAUAAGUUAAGUGCUAAAUGCAUAAAUGUAAAUAAAUAUGAAAUAAUAAAUAUAAAAUAAAAAUAAAUAUCUAUUUAUGAUACACUAGCGGUCAAACGUUUGGAAUAAUUCGGAUUUUUUCAUUUGAUAAUCAUAAUAAUUAUAAUAAUUGAUAAAGAUUGAGCAGCAUACCAAAUAUUUCCCUUUUUUACUGUAUUUUUGACCAAAUAAAUGCAGACUUGGUGAGCAGAAGAGAAAAUCUUAAUUAUUCCAAACUUUUGAGCUGUAGUGUAAAUAUUUCCGCUGUUUGCCAAAGGUCAAAGGUCAGUAGAUUACUUACUAAGUGAACUGGUUAUUCAGUCUUGUGGCUACAAAUAAGGACUGUUCAAAUAAUGACAAGAGAUGAUGAGUAACUCUUUUAUAUCUAUGCAAUGAAACACAGUGCCAUGUUAUAUACUGUGACAUAUUGAUAUUGUUAUGUUCACUCUCUUAUUUAUUGUUCUCUAUUAUUUCUCAAUUGAAAUCUCUAACUGCUCAGGUAUGAUGGGUCUGUUCGUCUGUUUAUCUUACAUUUCAGCUCUUUACUGUAUAUAUGUUCAGUUCAGUGGAUGUUAAAAUAGUGCGCUAACAGCAGAGUCACCUGAUACCAGUUCCUUUUCUCAGCACUGGUGUGGAUGGACCAAUCAGUCGUUUGUGAUUACAUGAUUAAUUCAUUUCCCACUCAUUAUGUUCUUUCUGUCACCACUAGAGGGCGGAUGCACCAAAUGUGUGACUCAAAUACCUUUUUUUUUUUUUUUUUUGUAAUUAAAUUAAUUCAUGAUAUUGCAUAUAUUUACAGUUCAUCACAUAUAUUUGCUGAGAAAGUCCUCCAAAUGAAUCUUUGUACCAGAUGAAUAAGUCAUUGACUGGACUAAACGAGCCUUUAGAAGUCAAGUCAAAUAGUUUCAAAGCAGCUUUCACUGUAAUAAACAGGAAAAUAACAGUGUUAAUGUUGCAAAAUUUUAGUUAUGAAACUAAUUUGGUUGUAAAGCAGCUCUAAAAUGACAAUAGUGUCAUCAUUGAGCUCAAUUUAGUUCAAGUUUUGCAGUCAAUAAUAUAAUAUUACUCAAACCUUUUAAAACUUUUGUUUUAAAACUUGUUUUCUUUUAAACCUAUUUCCUGUUUAUCAUCAGUCUAUCACUAACCUACAGGUUGAUCUAUCUGUUUUGUGUUUUCCAUCUGUGUUAUAUUGCUAUUGUUGGUUAAUGUACACAUUUAGACUGACAUUUCUGGCAUUUGUCUUGCUGUUGUUCCACAUUUUUAAGGCAUUGUGUCAAGUUAAAAUAGUCAGUCUUGGGAAAAACAUUUGGUUGUGUUCAGUACAGCUGUCCUUAAAUAUACAUCUGAAUUACUUUAAAGAUUAAAAUGAAGAUUAAAUGUCACUAUUUUAUUUAAACUAUUUGAAAUUAAGGUGUUAAAUGUCCUAGAGAUAACAUGUUGCUCAUGUCAGUCUUGAAACGGGUGGGGUAAUAAUAAUGUUGUUUAACCAACUAUACCAGUAUAUCCAGCAGUUAAAAAGACACUUAUGUGAAGUCAUGAAGUUACUGUGCCAUGAAUUUGUAAACAGUAGAAGCUUACGCAGACACCUCACUAUGACUAUAUUACCCUAUAUUAAAUUUUAUUUAUUAUAAACAA